GGCGGACGGGUGCCCGCGACCCCGGAGUGCCGGAGGAUGGGCAGGAGCGUAACAAAGAGGAAAGUCUCUCUUCCCCAGGUCCUCUUUGAUCCCCUCGAGCGAGUUCUAAAAGGGGUCUUGAGCUUCUGAACACCUCUGCGGAUGGCUGCGGCUGAAUUCUGGAUCAGGGUUUUAAGUCUCGGGCAUAUUUGUGCCUCUUGGAAUAAUGAUUCUUUUAUGUUGAAACAGCACUGGCAAAUUACACGUGGUGAGGACCUUAGCAACAAGGGAAUGGGAAGCGCUACAAGAUUCAGAGUUAAAAUGUGUUUGAGAAACUUUUGAAAGGGGAUAUGAUAUUGAAAGGAGAAAUUAAAAUGAAUUCACAAAUACUGCAGACUGCUUUUUGUAAACGUACUAAAGCAGAAUUUAAUAUGUACCUAUUUUCUUACUGGAUAACAGAAUGGUGUUGUAAGCAAAGUAUCUCCAAGGUUUUUUUUUUUUGAAAGCUAUUUAGGAAUUAUGUGUUUCUUUUAAUAAUUAUAAAUCCAGACCCAGCUACCUUUCAAAUUAUUGCAUAUUAUUUUUAACACCUUAAAGAGUCUCCUCAAAGCAUCUUAUUUUUUCUACUCCUUUUUAAUAUUAUAUCCAAACACUCAUAACUUUGUAUCAUUUGGUAGCAAAUACUGCACAUAGCAAAAUUAAGAUGUGUAAUCAUUAAUUUUGUAAGUUACUAAAUAAUGUUAUUUAACACAGUGGGUUUUAUAUAAGAAAACAAAAAGCAAGCCAUUCUUAUGGCUAUUAUCUUGGGAGAAAAUGUACCUGAUACAUACACACAUCCGUUUCAAUCACAUGAUAACACCAAAACAAGAAAGAGAAAACAGUGGCUUUUCCUUAUCCCUGAUGCUGUAAAACAUUCCAAAUCUCAGGGACAAAUGAAAUUUUACUUUUGAGUUUGCAUAAUCAGAGCUUAAGUUAAUAAUUAAAUUAUAUAAUGUAGUAUCUACUGCCUUCAAGGCAGUUCUUUGUGGUGAAGAAACUACCAUAUUUGAACAUCCUCCAAAUCAAAUAUUUAUCUUUCCUUUCAUAUAUAUAAUAUCUUGUCUCUUCGUCCACACUAUCUGUCCUGUUUCAAGUUAGAAUAAUUUGCAUAUCAAGUCGAAAUCCACCACCUUUUCUCACGAAGGCGUAUUUAGUAUACAUGAUGUGUGUAUAUAAUCUUUUAAAAUUUACAUUGUUGGUUUAUCAGGCAGUCUUCUGCUUAAAACCUUGUUAUUUAAGGUUCUCAUUUCUUGACCCUCCUAUUUUUCUUCAUCUAUUUAGUUUAUACUCCUGAAACAUCAAAGAGCAUCAGAAACUUCUGCAAGUGGAGACUAUAGCAUUUAUAGUAUUUAUACUUUUUAUGUCCCUCCAUUCUCAUGGUUCUACCUAGAGAAGGCACUCCGGAAAUGCUGUAACAUGCUGUAACAGUGAUCAUGGUAGCUUUAGGCUCCCCCCCACCCAACCUUCCUCUAUCUCGUAUUAACUUUUUGUUAUAUCUUUCUGGGAAUAACCAGAGCUUUAAACACACACACACACACACACACACACACACACACACACCCCACAAAGAAAACAGACAACGAAACCGUGGUCGGAUCCUUAUUAGAGAGCCAUUUCUGUAUGUAAUUAUAGCACGCUUGUAAUCUUCUUAAGGACAGCGAUGGCUUAGGAUUCCGCUUAGAUUUCUCAAGAUGGUCUUUACGCUGCCCUGUGCUCAGAAAUGCCAUACACAUUUGUGGAAUGGAGUUUAACAAAACCGAGGCUGACGGCUAAACCCUGUUCUCUAGCCCACCAUCCCCACCCCCCGAGUGCUCAUCACCCCCGGGCCGAGCCGAGACUGGGAACAAGGGAGGAUUGUGGGAUCGAGUCCCAGCUCGGACCGCGGGAGCGCGCAGCGGAGGGAGCCGCUUCUCUCAAGCUCUGCCCGCUAGAGCUGCUGCCUAUUCCCAAUUGUCUCUCCCCAGAAGUUACCAUCAGCAGGUGUGGUUUAAAACGUUGUAAGUGGCGUAUUUUGGGUUGCUUGGACUCCAAAUACGGCAUCACACAGAAGGCUGUCAAUCUCUCUACUGCCUGUAGGGCUCGAACUGGCCCCGCAAAGGUUGGAACCCCGGGAGCGUAGGGGCUGGUCCUACCCGAGCACUUCCGUCCGGAAACGCGGCGGUGGAAUGAGAGUUCCGGGACCUCUGAGGGUGCCUGUUGGCCCAGCAACGCCGCGUGCUCUUCUACCUGGGAGAACGCGAUAGUCUGAACCCUUCACCGCCCAGCUGGCUACCUGAGCUAGUUGAACCCCGUCCACUCCGCAUAAUCCAGGAUGGCUCUUAAAGCCUGUCAUCCUCUGAUGCGCCAAUCUAGGCGUCUCCAUCGGGACACGUUUCUCAGAACUGCCCUUGCUUGAUAACUGGCAUUUGUAUGGUCUUUUGUGACCUACAAGUCAUUCAGUCAAUCAUCUAUCGAUCUCUGUCUGUGGUGUGAAUAUUUGUAAACCAGAAAGGGUUUUUAUAUAGAUUUGUUAAGGAAUUUACCACUUUUGACCAUCACGGCUGCCAUAUGUGAGAGGGUGUGCUUAUUGCUCCCAUUCAGGGUUCAGGGUGAAUUUGCCUACAGAGACUGGGACUCUUGCUUGGCUCUUUUGGAGGUGUUUUGCUCUUACCUGACUCAGGGUAUAAAGAAUUCUGACAUUUGGCGUAUUGGGGCACUCAAAAGGGUUCAUCCAGAUGUAUGACCACUGAUGCUAACUACUAAAUUUGGGAUUAUGGUGGAGCUGGCCUUUAUCUGACUGUCCUGACAAUAGCCCCGGAUUGUGACCACUGUCAGUAGUGAUAGAGUGAGGGGUGGAGUCUGAUCCAGGGCCCAGCCCUCAGCUCUGGUGAGGAUAAACUUCCCCACCGCCUCUCUGACCCUAUUAGUACCUUCUUUUUCCAGUGGAGAGGCAUCCGCAGAUGCACCUUCACUGAUUUUUAUUUUUAAAAGCAAAGCCCAGAGUGACCAUCGUUCCUGUUACUAGUGUUCCUCUUUUCUCAGCGCUGGCGUGGACGCUCCCUUCUCUCGGCCUUUCGAGACUCACUUGCUUUUUGAUGGCGUCAGCGGCUGCUGGGUGAGCAGCCAGAGACUGGAAAGCGUUCAUCCCUUCUGGAGAGAGGAGUCACCUCGGAAAACCCCUCUGGAUUGGUGGGGGUGCUUUUCUUCCUUUAGCCGUCCCCUCUGGAAGGGAGAAGAUGCCACUGCCAUUUGGAUUGAAAUUGAAACGCACCCGGCGCUAUACCGUGUCCAGCAAGAGCUGCCUGGUUGCACGGAUCCAGCUGCUCAACAAUGAGUUUGUGGAAUUCACACUGUCUGUGGAGAGCACUGGUCAGGAGAGCCUCGAGGCUGUGGCCCAAAGGCUAGAGCUGCGGGAGGUCACUUACUUCAGCCUCUGGUACUACAACAAGCAAAAUCAGCGUCGCUGGGUAGAUUUAGAAAAACCUCUGAAGAAGCAGCUGGAUAAAUAUGCGCUGGAACCUACCAUCUAUUUUGGAGUGGUGUUUUAUGUGCCUUCAGUUUCACAGCUGCAGCAGGAGAUUACCAGGUAUCAGUAUUAUCUGCAGCUGAAGAAAGAUAUCUUGGAAGGAAAUAUUCCUUGUACUUUAGAACAAGCAAUUCAGCUAGCAGGCUUAGCUGUUCAAGCUGAUUUCGGUGACUUUGAUCAGUAUGAAUCCCAGGACUUUCUUCAGAAAUUUGCCUUAUUUCCUGUGGGGUGGCUGCAAGAUGAAAAAGUGUUGGAAGAAGCAACACAAAAAGUGGUCUUACUACAUCAGAAAUACAGAGGGCUCACAGCUCCUGAUGCUGAAAUGCUGUACAUGCAGGAGGUAGAAAGAAUGGACGGUUAUGGAGAAGAGAGCUACCCUGCAAAGGAUAGCCAAGGAAGCGACAUAUCCAUUGGAGCGUGUCUCGAGGGUAUCUUUGUGAAACACAAGAAUGGAAGGCCUCCUGUGAUAUUUAGGUGGCACGAUAUUGCUAACAUGUCCCACAACAAGUCCUUUUUUGCAUUAGAGCUGGCUAAUAAAGAGGAGACCAUCCAGUUUCAAACUGAAGACAUGGAAACAGCAAAGUAUGUUUGGAGACUCUGUGUUGCACGACACAAAUUUUACAGAUUGAACCAGUGUAACCUGCAAACUCAGACUGUCACAGUGAACCCAAUCAGGAGGAGGUCAUCCUCGAGGAUGUCUCUGCCUAAACCCCAGCCCUAUGUGAUGCCUCCCCCACCCCAGCUGCAUUAUAAUGGACACUAUACAGAGCCAUAUGCUUCUUCCCAAGAUAACAUCUUUGUGCCCAACCACAACGGAUAUUAUUGUCACUCCCAGACGAGCUUGGACAGAGCCCAGGUGGACGUCAAUGGUAGAAUCCGGAACGGCAGCGUCUACAGCGCGCACAGCACCAACUCCUUGAACAACCCUCAGCCCUACCUGCAGCCCUCCCCGAUGUCCUCCAACCCCAGCAUUACCGGAAGUGACGUCACGAGACCCGACUACAUACCCUCGCACCGCCACAGCGCCCUGAUACCUCCUUCUUACCGCCCGACCCCAGACUACGAGACUGUGAUGAAGCAGCUCAACAGGGGCAUGGUGCACGCUGAGAGGCAGAGCCAUUCCCUGAGAAACCUCAACAUUGGCAACUCCUAUGCAUACAGCAGGCCUGACGCCCUGGUCUACAGCCAGCCUGAGAUCCGAGAGCACGCACACUUCGCCUCCCCGCAGUCGGCCCACUACGCGUUCAAUCUGAACUACAGUUUCCACAGCCAGUCGCCCUACCCCUACCCUGCCGAGAGGCGGCCGGUGGUGGGCGCGGUCAGCGUGCCCGAGCUGACCAACGUGCAGCUCCAGGCCCAGGAUUACCCGGCUCCCAACAUCAUGCGGACCCAGGUGUACCGCCCACCGCCGCCAUACCCCUACCCCAGGCCGGCCAACAGCACCCCCGACCUGUCCCGUCACCUGUACAUCAGCAGCAGCAACCCUGACCUCAUCACGCGGCGCGUGCACCACUCGGUGCAGACCUUCCAGGAGGACAGCCUGCCGGUGGCGCACUCGCUGCAGGAGGUCAGCGAGCCCCUCACUGUGGUGCGCCACGCCCAGCUGCAGAAGCGCAACAGCAUCGAGCUGGCGGGGCUGGCACACGGCCUGGAGGGGCUGCGGCUCAAGGAGCGCACGCUGUCAGCGUCGGCGGCGGACGCGGCCCCGACCUCGGCCCCGCGCAUGCUCCUGGCCGGCUCCCAGCCCAGCGUCUGCAGCGACAGAGCCAAGGAGGAUGAGGCCGAGGAGCCAGACGGCGGGAGGUAUGGCCACAAGAAGUCUCUUUCGGACGCCACCAUGCUGAUCCACAGCAGCGAGGAGGAGGAGGAGGAGUUCGAAGAGGACCCCAAAGCACCAGCCGCGCUCUCCGCCCGGCCCGAGCCCCGGCCGCUGGCCGCCUACGCCCCGGAGCUGCCGCGGAGCCACCCCUGUGCCAUGGCACAGGUCCCCGGCCCUCUGCAUAUUCUCGAGCCCAAGGCCCAUAUCCCAGAGGCCAAGAAGAGGGCGAGGGACUUGAGCCCUGUCCACAUGAUUGUGGAAGCACCGUGCCCCCGAAGAGAAGGCCUGCUGACGCCCUCCAUGUCCGAGUCCGACCUCACCAUGUCGGGGCGAUACCGGGCCAGGAGGGACUCCCUGAAGAAAAGGCCGGUGUCAGAUCUGCUCUCGGCGAAGAAGAACAUCGUGGAAGGACUCCCGCCACUGGGGGGAAUGAAAAAGACUCGAGUGGAUGCAAAAAAAGUUGGUCCUCUUAAGUUGGCCGCUCUCAAUGGACUCUCCCUGUCCCGACUGCCUCUGCCUGAUGAAGGAAAGGAAGUGUCCACCAGAGCGACGAAUGAUGAAAGGUGUAAAAUGCUGGAACAGCGGUUAGAACAGGGAAUGGUAUUCACAGAAUAUGAAAGAAUUCCUAAAAAACGGCUAGUUGAUGGGGUGUGCUCAACAGCCCGACUCCCUGAAAAUGCAGAAAGAAAUAGAUUUCAGGAUGUCCUUCCCUAUGAAGAUGCGAGAGUGGAGUUGGUCCCCACCAAGGAAAACAAUACUGGUUAUAUCAACGCAUCACAUAUUAAGGUCUCUGUCAGUGGAAUUGAGUGGGAUUAUAUUGCCACACAGGGACCAUUACAAAAUACCUGUCAGGAUUUUUGGCAGAUGGUAUGGGAACAGGGAAUUGCAAUUAUAGCAAUGGUGACAGCAGAAGAGGAGGGUGGAAGGGAGAAGAGCUUUAGGUAUUGGCCACGACUUGGUUCCAGGCACAACACCGUCACCUAUGGGAGGUUUAAGAUCACAACUCGGUUCCGCACGGACUCUGGCUGCUAUGCCACCACAGGCUUGAAGAUGAAGCAUCUUCUCACGGGGCAGGAGAGGACAGUUUGGCAUCUCCAGUACACAGACUGGCCUGAGCAUGGCUGUCCUGAGGACCUCAAGGGAUUUUUAUCAUACCUUGAAGAGAUCCAGUCUGUUCGACGCCAUACUAAUAGCACAAGUGAACCCAGAAGCCUCAACCCUCCACUGUUGGUCCACUGCAGCGCUGGGGUAGGAAGGACUGGCGUUGUCAUUCUGUCAGAGAUCAUGAUUGCCUGUCUGGAACACAAUGAGGUGCUGGACAUCCCAAGAGUGCUGGACAUGCUCAGGCAACAGAGAAUGAUGCUGGUACAGACGCUCUGCCAGUACACGUUUGUGUACAAAGUGCUCAUUCAGUUCCUGAAAAGCUCCAGGCUCAUCUGAGCUCCCAUACCUUCUUACGGGGACCCAAUCAUACGAAGUGUUAACAACUUUAAAAAAAAGUGCUUGCCUAACUCAUGCUUUCUCCUCGACACUUGAUCACACUAGAAAUCCAUCAGGACAGGAAUGGUACAGUGUGAGUAGCAGUGCACUAGAGGAAAUGUGAAAAGCAUGAGGCUGAAGAGGGGGAUCUGGGACCUGGGACAGGUGCGGAAGGAGGAGGACUCGGUUUCCAGGGCAUUGUCCUGCUUCGGGCUGUCUGAUUUGCGCUUCUUGCACACAUUUUGGAGAUUGUAUUUUCUAGACAAUUCUAUUACUGAAGCUAUUCUGGACACUUCUGGCAAUCAUUAAAACAUAGAUUUCUAUCUUAAGCUAGUUUUUGAUGAUGGAAUUUUAUGUUAUGACUGAAAUAUUUAGCGGUCUUCUUAGUGACAAACUGAACUUUCUAUGGGGGUGAUCCACAGAUUGAGUGGUUUGUGUACAACAUGUUUAAAACCAUAUUAUCUUUUGUUAUUUUUUUAAAAAACCUUGGGUACUUAAUGGUUUAGUUUCCAAGCUCAAACUAUAAAGAGAAUCUGAAAGUGUUAUUUUGAAACAUAGAAAGCAUUUUUAUAUUCAGAAAAUUUUUUAUCCUAAAAAAAUCUAUAUAUUUGUACCUUCUGAAUUUUCCAAACAGGGCUCAACUCACAAAGAUACUGAAAUGCAUCAGUUAAUGUAAAUAAAAGUUGAGAAUGAAGACACAUGGCUUAAAAUGCAAGAAAAUCAGAUUCACUAUUUUUUCAGUAUUACUCGUAAGCCUAAAAGAGUUUUAUUUUAUUGGUUGAAAAUGAAGUGAAAAACAAUUGCAUAGGAUGGUUUUAAGCACUUUUUCUGUUAAAAACAAAAUCUGAGUUUUAAUAUAUGUUUUGCUUUAUUACUUGAGAAUAACAAUGGCAGUUGUUGUGGAUGUGUUUUGUAGAGGAUUAAGAGUAUGUGGAAUUAGGCUGGGGAUUUAGCUUAGUGGUGCCGCCACCUGCCUCGCAAGGGCAAGGUAGUGAGUUCGAUCCCCAGUACCAAAAAAAAAAAGAGUAUAUGGGAUGAUGAGACCAGAGUAGGUGGCGUGUGAUGGUAAAGCAGGAUGAUUUGUCGUUGCAGAAAUGCAGUGUUAUCUCUGCUCAGACUGAGAGGCCAGGGCGGAGAGUGAGGCCGAGAGUAUGGGGCCCAAGCCCCCGGCUUAUCCCAGGGCAUUCACAGCCUCCCACUGUCUAUUACUCUGUUUUCUUGGGAUUCUUCCUCCAAAUCCUGCAUUAUUUUUUCCCCCCACAAAUCGAGGUUUGUAUUAUCAUUCAAAGAAGCCUUGAAGAGGCUUUAUUUUAUUUUGAUUGAAAUAAGGGAAUAGUAAGUAGCUUCAACUCUUCUCGCAAAUCCACAGCCCAAAUUUGUGGGGCCACCAGAAAUUGCUGUGGUAUUAGGCGGUACUUGAAGUUUACCUCCUGAAUCCUCUAGCGUUCAGCCCUGGGUUCAGUUUUAAGUAGUUAGUCCCCUCUCCCCCAUCCCACUGAGGCACAGCCCAUGAGACUGCUAGACUGAGUUGAAGUGGGAGAGCAUCGUCUUUGGCAGCCUAAGGUGGCUUCAUGCGCACUUCCUGUUGAGUUGGCAAGGAUGAACUGGUACAGGUAGCUGAGGAGCCAUCUCCUUUUCCCGGAUUCUGAGGCUGAUUCCCCACAAUAGAGAGCUUCUAAAAUGUCGAUUCUAGCAUUAUUUCCCCAAAUCACAAUAUUCUAAGCAUUUUUCUCAUUCCCAUUUCCUCCCUAAAGCAGUUAAACUUACUAUCAUAACAGCUGAAUACAUGUCAUCAGCCACAAGAUGGGACUUCCAACCUAACUGCACCCAGAAACCAGCCACUUUGGGGGAAAAGUCGGAUAAUUCAAAUGAAAGGCAGUACUGAAAGUGGACAUCUCACUUAGGAACAAGAUACCAAUUUUAAAUCUAAAAUUAUCUUAAGACUUUGGUUAAAGAAUAGACUCAAGUGAAAAUACUCCAAAAAAGCUCCUCAGAAGAAAUGAAGUAAGAGGUUUUUAAAAUACUAAUAUUUCUCAUUCCUACAUUAUUUAAGGACAGGAUUUUUUUCUGAAGCUUUUUGUUUUCCAAUGGUACGUUUUUGAAAAAUGCCUAUCAGGGUUACAGUUUGAAGUGACCAUUGACAAGAACAUAGUGUAAAGCAAAAGUCUAAUUAAAGAGUAAUAUAUGGUAUAUUUGUAUUCCUGCUGUGAUAAUUUGAUAAGUAAAAUUUUAAGAGGGCAAAAUUACACUGUUUAAAUCUGUCACUCUUAAAAUGUCACGUUUGACAUCACUUCUAAGUAUCAUGUAAUUUUAAACUUAGUUGCAGUUACUGAAUAAGAAAAUUUCUAAAUAAAAAUAAAUGUACACUAUUGGACUUUGAAAUAAUGUGAUUUACAAGAACAAAUUAUGUAGAACAUUGAGGUUCCAUAGGUUUACGACCUCUGGAUUCAGGACAUUACUAUGUGGCAGCCUUAUACGAUGGUUUCUGUCUUAGUGUCUUUUAGUUCCUUAAUAUUAAUUUCAUGUCAGAAUUACCAAAACGUACAUUUCCACAAAGGGUCGGUUACAAACCAGUGUUUCUACUGAUCACCUUUGGUAUCUCUUGUAUCAGUUUUUCUGAUUAGUGGGGUUCUUUCUUGAAAUUUUCUAGUUGACAGUUUUGAGCCCAGAAAGUGAUCAUUUAAAAAUACGAUCAGGGAUGUUAGUUAUAGUCAUUAUUAAGUAUUUUCUUCUGAAACAUCUACUGUGAAGCAUUCAGGAAGCUGUAGAAUUUAGUAUUUAAAAAAUCCCUUGGCAGGAUUAAAACAGAAGCUGGACCCGUGCUUCCUUAGAAACUUCCAGAAACAGAAAUAGCCCAAAAUACAAAGGAGGGAGGCAGCAUGGCUUGGCCAGUGCCAUUUCAAAUAUGCUGAUAGGUUGAUGUUCACAAUAGUAAGAAAAGGUGGCUAAAUAUAUAAAGUGUACAGCUCUAUAAUAUGUAUUAGAGGUCAGCUGCAGUUUAUCAAGAACAAGUAUAUUAAGAUUUGUAUGAACAAAUAGAGACAGGAAUUACUAUUUAUUGUAAAUUUUUUUCAAAGCUGUGGCUUGAAGUAAUGUAUUAUUUUUUUGGUUAGACUUUUUAAAGGACUGUCUUGGAUAUAAAUUUAGGAGAAUUGGCUUUCCACCAAGAAGAUUACAUAGCUAAAAUGAUUCCUUCCCAGUUUGAAGUUUAUUUAAAAAGCCAAAAAAGAAUGUUAUAUUCUAUGAGGCUCUCUUUUGAGCUGAGGGACAGGGAUUUAAGAAGUAGAGAGAAUGCUGCAUUAAGAAUUUGCCUAAGACCCAGGCGUGGUGGCACAGACCUGUAAUCCUAGCACUCAGGAGGCUGAGACAGGAGGAUGGCUGCAAAUUUGAGGCCAUCCUGGGGCUAUGGAGUGAGUUUAAGGCCAGUUUAAGCUAUAUAUCAAGUCCCUGUCUCAGAAAAACAAAACAACAACAACAACAAAUUUUUUUUUUCCUGAGGAAACAUAUCUCAAAACAACACAAGUUUUUGAAAUUCCAGUAGACAAAGGCUCCAUUUAUCCUGUCAUCGAUAGUUACUUAUAGAAAAAUGAGUAAAUAUCAGAAAAUUCAGGGUCUGUGUGUUUUGGAGGUGGGUGGACUUUAGAAAAUAUUUGAAAGGUCCUUGGAUUGUUAAAGUGGUAAAAUUUUCUGUAUAUUUUAGGCAAUUCCCAAAUAAAAAUUUUACUGUA